AGUUGUGACGCAAGCAUCCCGCGACCCUCGGCAGCCGCCGGACGCGUGGUGCUAUGGCUUCCUCUGGGGUGGCGGGUGGGAGACAGGCCGAAGAUACGCUACAGCCACCGCCCGAGCUGCUGCCGGAGUCCAAGCCGCCGCCGCCGUCUCAGCCUCUACCGGUCGCCGCGCUCCCGCCACCGGCGGCUCCGCGGCCUCAGUCCCCCGCUGGUGCGAAGGAGGAGAAUUACUCUUUUUUGCCGUUGGUUCACAAUGUCAUCAAAUGCAUGGACAAGGACAGCCCAGAUCUCCACCAGGACCUGAACGCCCUCAAAACAAAGUUCCAGGAGAUGCGGAAGCUCAUAGGCACCAUGCCUGGCAUCCACGUGAGCCCUGAGCAGCAGCAGCAGCAGCUACACAGCCUCCGAGAGCAAGUCAGGACCAAGAACGAGCUUCUGCAGAAGUACAAGAGCCUCUGCAUGUUUGAGAUACCCAAGGAGUAGUGCCAGCUCCCAGGAAAGCUGCCAACAGACUGAAAGCUUCACCUGUGCUGUCCAGCUCCUUGGGAGCCCAGUUCUAAACUGAGGGCACAUGUGGCUGGUGUGGUGCCUCAGUGGCUGUACUCAGCCUUGACUAUGUGUGCCCUGGGCUCCAUCAGCAGAUCUACAGGGCACAGAGGGAGAGGAAGUAGCUGUUCCCUUCUUUCCCUCAGCUCCUCCCACUCCCGAUACCAUCAGCACAGUAUCAGGUACAUACUGUUCCCAUUAACAGCAGUUUCAUGAAGCAUUUGCAUAGAAUUCUUGGGGUAAAUUAGGCCUGCACUCAGAUGGCAUGGAUUUAUUAUAAUUAAAGAAGGCUGUGAGAGUAUGAACAUUGUUUUGAAAGGCCAGAGGGUGGGUGGCUUCUGCUUGAAAACAGUUCACUUCCUUUUUUGUUUGAACUACUGAAUGAAACUAUAUUGCUGGGGGCGUCAGCCCAGAGCUCUGCGAACCAACCACCAACUCCAGUUUCCAGCCUCCUGCAUGUUAGCAGUAUCUCCCUUUAUCUCCAUCACUUCGGGCAGUGCUCAGAAUAGCCAAAGCACUGCUUGCCUGGGGCCCUUUGUCCUUCCCACGCUGGCUCAAGGAGGCUGUUAAGCAAGUGGCUCUACCCUGAUUCAUAUGCCUUGGCUUACCUGUCAUCUCCCCUCUAGCCAAGGAGUCAGUCACAUUUGCUACCCUGCACACGGUCCCGGCACGCUUCUGGUUUGGAGCAGAGUGGCUGGCAGGAGCAAUUAGGCCAGUUUCUCAGCCAGGGGUAGGUGUGGUUUGAAGGGUAUGGGGAGCUAAGUCUGGAGGUGCCAUAGCUGUGUUGAGUGUGCCCAGCGAGUCCCAGGUAGGACACUGUGUUCCCUGUCUCCCAGGCACUGUUACAUUGAGGGCACCAUGGCUCUUUACUUCUCUCAGGAGGAAGGUGAGAAGUACCCAGUAUUGUUUGGAUCUUAAAAUGGGCACAGCCUGGGCUGACCAACUUAGGACUUAGCAGGUGCCUGCCAACUGGCUUUGUUGGCAGGAGCGCUGGCUGGGGAUGUGUUUAGCAAGUGUUCUGGUGCGUUGUCUAUCCAGGACACUUCACACUGGGACCCAGAAUGUGUGAAAGAGGGUUUUGACUUCCAGUGGUUUGGGCAGAAAAGUGGGCUGAGUUUGAGUAGAGGGUGCCAAUUAAGCUACCUCUGCUUGGGACCGUUAUUUAACUGAAUCAGUUACUUUCUGCAAAGUUGAAGCUGUGGCUGGGCCAGUUUUAAGGCUCUGACCGUUCCUGUAAGCACAGAGCACAUGGAAUGCAGGAGCUUCAGAUCUUCCCGACAGGGAAGAAAGGCUUCCUCAAAGAGCUGGAGGCUUAGAGGCUUUCUCUGUUCCAGUGUGUUGACCUGUCACAUUUUCAAAUACAUAAUUAAAAGUAUGUUCUGCUCUCAGGA